CUCACUCAUCUUUGUCCUGAGUCCAAAUGCCCUAUUCUUGGAAGCGACCCAUGCUCCUAUCUGUGCAUGAGGACCCCGUGCCCACCACGGCCUCUUUGGGCAUCGAAAUGUUCAACAUCAGCGCACAAGUCCUCGGGUCUGCUCUCAACAGGACCCUUUCAGAGGACAACUGCCUGAACCCCGAGUGGUGGAGCUGGCUCAAUGCCACCCAGGCCCCCUUCCUUUGGGUCCUCUUCCUGCUGGCAGCACUGGAGAACAUCUUCGUUCUCAGUGUGUUCUGUCUGCAUAAGAACAGCUGCACUGUGGCAGAGAUCUACCUGGGCAACCUGGCCGCCGCGGACCUCCUCCUGGCCUGCGGACUGCCCUUCUGGGCCAUCACCAUCGCCAAUAACUUUGACUGGCUGUUCGGAGAGUUGCUGUGCCGCGUGGUGAACACCAUGGUCUACAUGAACCUCUACAGCAGCAUUUGCUUCCUGAUGCUUGUGAGUAUUGACCGCUACUUGGCACUGGUGAAGACCAUGUCCAUGGGCCGGAUGCGUGGAGUGCGCUGGGCCAAACUCUACAGCCUGGUGAUCUGGGUCUGUACAUUGCUUCUCAGUUCACCCAUGCUGGUGUUCAGGACCAUGAUGGACUACAGAGAAGAGGGUUACAACGUCACAGCCUGUGUCAUCCUCUACCCGUCCCACACCUGGGAAGUGUUCACCAACGUGCUGCUAAAUCUAGUGGGCUUCCUCCUGCCCCUGAGCGUCAUCACCUUCUGCACGGUGCACAUCCUGCGCGUGCUGAGGAACAAUGAGAUGAAGAAAUUCAAGGAGGUCCAGACGGAGAGGAAGGCCACUGUCCUGGUGCUGGCUGUCCUGGGGCUCUUUGUGCUGUGUUGGGUGCCUUUCCAGAUCAGUACCUUCCUGGACACGCUGCUGCGUCUCGGCAUCCUCUCAGGAUGCUGGGCCCAGACCUCGGUGGACAUCAUCACGCAGAUCAGUUCCUACGUGGCCUACAGCAACAGCUGCCUCAACCCGCUGGUGUAUGUGAUCGUGGGCAAGCGCUUCCGGAAAAAGUCCCGAGAGGUGUACCAGGCAGUGUGCCGGAGGGGAGGCUGCAUGGGAGAACCUAUCCAGACGGAGAGCUCCCUGGGGACUCUGAGGACCUCUAUCUCAGUGGAACGCCACAUCCACAAGUUGCAGGACUGGACAGGGGACAGACAGUGAACAGAGGCCCACCAGGCAGGACUACAGCCAAGUGUGUGAGGACUGGUGGGACCUGAGCUCCUCAGCCUGAGUGCAGGGAGGAGCUUGAAGCAUCCUAGGCAGCCCCUGGGAAACAGGCAGAUGAUUUCAGUCCUGUCUCAUGGAAUGGGCAUGCUGUUAGGAGUGGGUAGGUACCCUGGAACACAGCAGGAUUUUUCUUAUUGGCUGGUACUCUAGAGCCCCAUGAGUGGAGGGGUCCUGGGGAACAGAUAGGGGGGGGUCACCACACUUCCUUCCCUUUGGGGGAAGUACAGCUCUCCAGGAAAACUGCUGCCAGCUUUGGCCCUGUGGCUACAUGCAGAGGAGGCCUGGCUGCCUCAAUUCCCAGUUUCGUUCGUUUAAGAUUUAUUGGUCCUUCUGAAAGUUAAGUUGUGAAGAGCCCUAGUAAGAACCCAGAAACUGGGAUUCUGUGGCUCUCUCGCCCGUGGACAAGGUGGACAGCCCUAAAGAAAAACCCCAACCCUUUUGUAACACUUGCUGAAUAUAAGGCCUUGGACACUGUGGACAAGAGUAAGGAAACACACAGUGCAAUCUGUCUUACAGAAACCCUAACCUAAGUGGAGAGUGCCUAGGACCUUGCAGUCCCUAGAAGGCUGUGGACGGUAUGUCUGUCAGAGCAAGGAGCUGAAAG